GUGUGAAACGGCAAUCCAUCCGACCAUCUACAUUCAAGAAGGCUGAUUAGGUCCUGCUUUGCUGUGAAUAGAUCUACUUCCCACAAUACCUGCCACAUCGUCUCAUUGCAAUAUGCUCCUUCCCAUUGACAACCCUUCGGCUGACUUGGAAGCAGAAGUCGUGCGGAUGUACCCUGAGCACUCACCUUUUGAUAUGAUCCCUCCUCCUUCAGAACUUACACCCGUACGACUCCCGAUAGAAAUCCCUAAGCCGAACGUACUAGCUGCGGCAUUGUCCCAAUUCAAACUUACAUCUCUCAACCCAUUCCAUUCAUUCUACGGCAGUAAUCCGCUCUUGCUCACUGCCAGUGUUCAGAAAAUGCAUAUGCCUAUCAUCCCUCACGUUGCCCGGCCUCUGCCUCACGUCAAGGCAGGAUCGGACAUGAGCUUCAAAGAAGUUAUCGAUGAGAAUCAUUCUCUCGUUCUGUAUGAUAAUAAAACUUGUGUCCUCAAAUGGUUCAUCUCUCAAGAUUCCGCCAAUGACAACGAGGAGUUUGAACGUGAAAAGGAUGCUUAUUCUCUUCUCGAAGAUUGUGACUCGUCGAAACAUACAACUCUUCGGUGCUUCGGUUGGGUAGUAUUGAAUUCCGCCGAUGCUUUGAAGCUGCACCCGACCCUCCCGUCAUCCGGCGCAACGACUGUGAGGGCUCUUCUACUGGAGCACUUCGAUGGCACCAUUCCCCUCUCUGUGGAGAAUGUGACGAUAGACAUAGCCAAAGCUGCACUGAUAGCUCUAUGUGGCGUACAUGCUGCUUAUGUUUUACACGGGGACAUUAGGCAUCAGAAUGUACUCCUUCUCCCCGAUUCCCGUGUAGUUUGGACGGGAUUGAGCUCUUCAAAGACUGCAUCGCGUGAUAGUCUCCGCCGCCAGGAUCUUUUGAACGAGCUCGCCUCCGCUUGGUGGUUGUUCCAUUCUAAAAUGCUUCCGGACAAGCUUAUUGGCAACACUCAUCCUGACUAUUGAGGACUUCGAUUCGAGGUUGCGUUCGGCGAAUUUUCCGCAUCGAGCACUUUGUCAUAUUUAGUUCUCCAUGAGGCCAAGCAGUCAAAUAUCUACACUCAGGGUCAUACAUUUUCAGAGUAAGGAUAAGGUCGUCCAAUCCAUGAAGGAGCAGAUAGUAAGCCUAAAGUCUUGAGCCCAGAAAACAACAGAAACAAAUGUAGUAAUCUAGAUGUGGGUUGUAAUCCCUUUUAUCAGGCCGGCACCCAUUCUCUCAAUCUCAGCCAGGACGGCUUCUUGAUUGAGAACGACAAGUCCCUUACCCUUCUCUUUGGACGACUCAUCCUCCUGUACGUUAGCUAUUAGUCGGCAAUGGGUUACUAGAACGAACCUUGCAUAGACGUACCUUCC